AUGAACACUAGAGGAGGGAAAAAGGCAGAGGAGCCAGAUGACGGGGGUGCUAUACUGUCUGGCUCUGCAACGUCUUGUGGGGGUCCAAACAAUGAAGUGGAGGAAUUGACGGCCCUGGUGAAAUCCUUGAUCUUAGACCAGAGUGCCAGAGACAAACGACUGGAGAAAGAAAUGUGUCUACAGGAGCAACGCUGGAAGGCUAUGCAGCAGCAGUUUCAGCAGAUCCAGGAGCAGCAAGGUCAGCAGUCUGAGCACUCCGAGCUAAAUGUGCGAAGACGUACGAUCGGUAUACAGCCGUCUCGUGACUAUGAAGAAGACUUUGAAGAUGACGGGCCAGACCCUGGCAGCGAUGGCUACAGGCCGCGGAGGGAGCCCAAACUCCCGGGCCCAAAAAGAAAAGGCUUUGCUAGAAGAGCUGCCUUUUUGGGAGGAAGAUUUGGAGGCUCAGCCAGGGAAGAGCAGGAAGACAAGAGCCCAGAAAAGACAAGAGAAGUUUGUGGGCUCCCCUAA